AUGCCCCUCCAAAUCCAAACCGCCACACCCCGCGACUCCGUCCAAUUAACAACCGUCUUUCUGGCCGCUUUCUCCGACCCCUUCAACCUGACUCUAUUCCCGCGCACCCCCGACGUGCGCGCGUGGUGGGAAGACAAGUUCGCGAGGGAAGCUGUUGCUCCGGGACAGGCUUUAUUGAAGGUUGUUGAUGCCCCGGAUGCAUCCAGUAGUACGGGGGGUAACGAGGGGGGUGAAGGAGAAGGGGAGAUAGCAGCGUUUGCAAUUUGGAAGUUUCCGAAUGGCCAAUCGCGAGAAAAACAGAAAGAGGUGGGCCAGGAAGAAGAAGAAGACCGAUGGCCUCAAAGCUCAGAUCCAACUCUCUGCCAACGGUUCUUCGGCGGUAUGGCUGCGAAACGGGGGGAAUAUAUGGGUUUGAAGCCGCAUUAUUACCUCGACAUGCUUGGCACACACCCCUCCUACAACGGGAAAGGAAUCGCCUCAAUGCUCCUGAAAUGGGGUCUCGAUCGUGCAGAUAACGACAAGGUACCGGUGUUUUUGUCUGCGUCGCCGGCGGGCAAGCCUGUGUAUGAGAGAAGGGGCUUUCGGGUUGUGCAGGAGGAGGAGGUGGCGGGUGGGUAUGUGCAGGCGUAUAUGGUUAGGGAUUAA